CCGACAUACCCUGUAAGUUAAGGGGAAAAAAAAACAAUAACAGGACAUUCUGCAAAAACCUGAAACAGAGCUGCCUUUGUCUGCAAGGAACAUUAAUCUUUGGCUAUGGCUUCUCUCCUCGGAUUUUUCUCAGCUUCCGUCCGCCGAUUACUGUGCACUUCUUCAAUCAGUCUACUCUUCCUUCUCUUUAACUGUUUGGCGAUUCCCACUCGAAUCAAUGCCUACUGUUAUAACGACAGAAACUUCACCGCCCACAGCACUUACGCUAAGAAUCGCCGCCACCUUCUCUCCUCUUUGCACUCUAACGUCACGGCCGAUGGCGGGUUCUUCUCCGGAAGCCUUGGCACUGGCCCCAACACAGUCUACGCCCUCAGUUUCUGCAGGGGAGACCUUGCAGCACAGAACCGGAGAGCCAUUGUGAAUUCUACUGCUAUAAAACUAAUGGAAAGCUGUCCAUAUCAAAAGCAAGGCAUCAGAUAUGAAGAUUCUUGCUGCAUUGUUCGUUAUUCAGACAGGCCGAUCAAUGGGAUCCUCGACAUGAGUAUAAAUGAAAUGGCAUACAAUACGAGGAAUCUAUCUUUGAGUUGGGACGAUUUCAACCAAACUUGGUGGAAUCAUAUGGAAAAUCUCACCGCGGAGGCCUCGAAGGGGUCCGGUAGGUUUAAGUUUGCGACAGGGGAAGCAAGUCUACCUGACUCAAAUACGAUUUACGCACUCCUCCAGUGUAGUCCUGACCUUUCGGAGAGUGAUUGCCAUAGGUGCUUAAUUAAUUCAAUCGGUGAUUAUCAGAGCUGCUGCCGAGGAAAGUCGGGCGGAAUUAUACUUCGUUUGCCAAGCUGCUUUUUGCGGUGGGAUCUGUACAACUUCUAUGUGUACUCACCAGCCCCUCCACCACCAUCGGCUUCACCGCCCCCUCCGCCACCAUCUCCACUUCAAUCACCCCCACCGCCCCCUCCGCCACCAUCUCCACUGCCAUCACCCUCACCGCCACCUCCAGUGGGUGCUCCUCCGCCCGCAUCAACUGAUAGAACAAGCACCGAGAAAGGCAAAAGACAAAUCUCAACAAGUGCAAUCGUUGCCAUCGCCGUUCCCAUCAUUGUGACUGCAGAUGUUUUCCUCAUCCUUUGCUGCUUCCGACGAAAGAGAACAAUACAGAGACAUGAAGUUCCACAAUACACAAGCGUUGUAAGUGAUAUCACAACCGUCGAAUCUCUGCAAUUUGAUCUUGCUGCCAUACAAGCUGCCACGGGCAAUUUUUCUGCUGAUAAAAAAUUGGGUGAAGGCGGGUUUGGCGAGGUCUACAUGGGAAGGCUUCUUAAUGGACAAGAUGUGGCAGUGAAGAAAUUGUCCAGGAGCUCUGAUCAAGGUGCUGAAGAAUUUAAGAACGAAGUCAUGGUGAUGGCAGAGCUACAACACAGAAACCUCGUGCGGCUACUCGGGUUUUGCUUCGAAGGAGAAGAGAAAAUAGUCAUCUAUGAAUAUGUGCCCAACAAGAGCCUGGACUAUAUUUUAUUUGACGUGGAAAAACGUGCACUCUUGGACUGGUCGAGAAGAUACAAGAUAAUAUCAGGAAUAGCUCGAGGGAUGCUUUAUCUUCAUGAAGAUUCUCAGCUUCGAAUAAUUCACCGUGAUCUCAAAGCUAGCAACGUUCUCCUAGAUGCAAAUAUGAACCCCAAGAUUUCAGAUUUUGGAAUGGCGAGGAUCUUUGGGGUUGACCAAACCCAUGCAGCCACCCAUACGGUUGUUGGCACAUUGGGUUACAUGUCUCCGGAGUAUGCCAUGCACGGCCAGUUCUCAAUGAAAUCUGACGUGUAUAGUUUUGGUGUCUUGGUUCUUGAGAUUAUAUCAGGCGAGAAGAACAGUUCUUUCCAUCAAUCAGGCAGUGCAGAGGAUCUUCCAAGCUAUGCCUGGAAACAAUGGAGGGAUGGAACACCGAUGGAAGUGUUGGAUCCAAUUCUGAGGGAGUCAUGCUCAGGAAAUGAAGUCAUUAGAUGCAUCCAGAUGAGCUUGUGGUGCCUUCAAGAGGAUCCUGCCAAUCGGCCCACAAUGGCCACAAUUGCUCUCACGCUUAACAGUGACUCUAUUACUUUACCAGUCCCUCGAGAGCCUGCAUUAUUGCUCCGCAGCAGGAGUAAUGGUCAGCUGCACUCAGAGUCUGUGAAUGAAGCAUCAAUUACUGAUGUUGAACCUCGCUAGAAGGGAGUCACUACAGAAGCAAAGAAUUUUAUGAAGGUCACGUGUUCUGAUGUCCAAAAAAGAAGAAGAGGAGAUUGAAGCCCAAGGUGGGGUUCCGAGACUGCCUCCGUGACUCCACAUAGAUAUAUUGCAAUGACGGUCUCAGAGCUUCAAAUCAGUUCAGUCCAAUCUUGUAUUAGUGGCAUAAUGUAUCGAACCGUAUGUUUCAAAAUUAUUGUUCAAGUAACAGUAGCAGAGAUGCUUUCAUAAUUCUUAGUAUGUGACAAGUUUUUUGAAGUCAGUUAUGGAAACUGUAAUAGCUUCUACAAAUGUAAAACUGCUGAACCUUGAUAGGUGAUUGUUAGCACCCCAUUUUGGCUCACCAAUUCAAACAAUGCAUA